UGUAACAAUAAUUUUAAUAAACUUGGAUAUAACGAAAAUAAUGGAAGAAAGUUUGUACAGGGUAACUCUAUAGAAGUUGCCUGCCAUCCUGGCUAUGGUCUUCCAAAUGAGCAGACCACAGUUAACUGUACGGAGAAUGGCUGGUCUCCUCCUCCCAGAUGCAUUCGUGUCAAAACAUGCUCCAAAUCAAGUAUAGACAUUGAGAAUGGGUUUAUUUCUGAAUCUCAGUAUACAUAUGCCUUAAAUAAACAAGCAAAAUAUCAGUGCAAACUAGGAUAUAUAACAGCAGAUGGUGAAACAUCAGGAUCAAUUACAUGUCGGAAAAAUGGAUGGUCAGCUCAACCCACGUGCAUUAGUAAGUAAUUUAUUACAUUUGUAUUGGUUAUCCAGAUGAUACACAAAAGUUUACUAACUUUAGUCUUUUUGUGGGAGCUUAUAUAAUUUCAUUUGAAAAGAUAAGAAAAAAAACUUUGAGGAACAAAGCAGACAUCAAUUUUCUUUCCUUUUCACAUUAAUUACUCAAAUAUUAGUCUGCUUUUCCAUUCAGGAUUUUCCCCCUCUAAAGCAUUCUAUGUUAAACAAGUUAGGAAGCUUUACGUGUAUUCUGGUUUAACCUGAUUUUGCUUUAGCUGAGACCCUUAUGACUGUUAUAUAUACCUGUUUUAUGUGAUUAGCCUUUUAUAUCAAAGUCUUUGUCCUAGAUACAAAAGCAAUGUUUUAAUGAAGAUACAGAUGCAUAGUGAAUAAUAUCAAAAUAAUUUAAACUCCAUAAUUUGUAGAUUUGGCACUGUAGGAUAUGUCCAAUUCUGAAUAUCUUCCCCCUUACAAAUUUUUUGCAAAUAUAUAGGUAGUAGAGAGACAAAA